UUCGUCAUCUACCUGCGACGACACGCGUCCAUAGCCGGAACGCUGCGCAGUCGCCACCACCACGCGGCGCCCUCCGAACUACUGCACACUCUGUCUGGUGGAACCGAUCUUCUUGCGGACGCUGAGGGUUCCGACGACGAGGAAGGACGUGGUCGCGGCGACGAAAUGACGUCAGGGAUCGAGUCCGAAUACUCGAUUGGCAGCCAGCCGUUCGGGCACUACAAGGAGACGCCGCCUGUACCAAUCGAAAAUAUUAAGGGAUUCCGCGUUGGGCGGGAUGGCUGGAAGGAGGUGUUUCACCUGUUCUUCAAAAAUUGCGACCAUCCGGCAUUGCAGGACCAGAUCUACUUCCAGGACGAGAGGUUCAUGGUAAUUUACGACGGGUACCCCAAAGCACGGCACCAUCUGCUUUUGAUGCCGAGGCCGUCGUUUCUUGACGUCAUACGGCCGUCGGACCUCCGACGCGAACACCUCUCAGCUCUACGCCAGAUGCAUGCAUUGGGUAGGGCAGUGGCGGAAGGCUUGUCGCAGCAGGGCAUCGGCGAAAUCAGGAUCGGCGUGCACGCUGUUCCUUCAAUGGAGCCGUUGCACAUGCACAUCAUCAGCCAAGACUUCGACAGUGAAAGAAUGCGGAUGCCGCGUCAUUGGAACAUCUUCACCACAGAUAUAUUCCUCGAACCUGCUUGGAUAGAGGAGAUGCUUGAGCGGCACGGAUGCCUCCAGCUGGAUAUGGAAAGGUGAACGUACGUAUUCCAUGUGCACAACGCACUACAGCCCCUG